AUGCCUCUCCCCGGGUCGCCCGUCGUCCAUAUCGUUCUUUUUCGCUUCUACCCGACCGUCAGCCCCGAAGUGCGCGCCGAAGUGUCGAGGAAGUUCAUGUCCCUUCGGUCCUCGUGCCUCUCGCCUGUCACGCGGAUACCGUACAUCCUGUCCUUCACCGGCGGGAGGGACAUCAGCGUCGAAAGUCUCCAGAAGGGGUACAGCCACGUUUUUGUGCUGGAGUUCGAGAACGAGCACGACCGUAACUGGUACGUCAACGAAGAUCCUGCGCACAAGAGGUUCGGCGUGGACGAGUUGACGGGUGUGGUGGAGGAUGUCAUGGUUGUGGAUUUCAAGCGAGGGCAAGUUUGA